GCUGCAUCCUACGGUCACUGUGUCAGUGUGAGAACAGAUCCAACGGACGUUGCAAUUGAAAAAUACCUGGCCCAGAGGAAACACGAGAAAUCGAAUGGUCACACCAUACUCCGCAAGGUCAUUGCACUCCUCCUGUCUUGUUUCAUCACAGAAUCCAGAUGGAUGGGAAAUCAAAUACUACAACCAUUGCAGAGUUAUGGCGUCUCCGAGCUGAUCAUCUGCUAGGGACGGGUGUACAAGGCCACUCGAGUAGCUACUGGUCAGAUCAUGGCUGUCAAGAAGUCUCGAGCAUCUAUUGCACUUAAAUCUACCCUUUUGAAUCACGAACAAUGGGUUCUGCGGCGGCUACAGGGACACCCUUCCAUCCCAAGAGUAUUUGCCUAUGGACGAUUGGAGCAUUUCGAGUAUCUUGCUAUGCAGCUCCUUGGGAUGAACCUUGAUGAAGUGCGGGCACGCCAUCCUCUACCGGCAGUAGUAAACACCUUAGUGGUUGCUGAUCAGAUGAUCUCAGCUCUCGAACACAUACACGAGAAUAAACUUGUCCACUGUGACCUGAAACCCAGGAACAUCAUCCUCCACCCCACUGAUCCCAAGCGCUUGUACCUGGUCGACUAUGGGCUCACCCGAGCUAUUGCACACGAGGCCCAAUCCAGCCUCUCCAUGGAUGUACCCGGCAUUGGUACGCUGGAGUAUGUCAGCCUGAACAUGCACCGUGACAUUCGUAAGCUGGCCCAGUAUUAUGGGACUCUCUUACUUGACAAGACUGUAGGACCAGCUCCACGUGAUGAUAUAGAAUCUCUUGGCUAUGUGCUCACCAGUCUUGCUCGGGGAGACCUUCCAUGGACAUACAACACUCGGCAUGGAACAAGCAAGGAUCGAGAAGUUCAGGUUCGGAUCAAAAAGCGGCAAUAUAGCGGCACUGACCUGGCCCCCAAUGAACUACCUUGUUUUGGCCAAGUGAUUGACUAUGCACGCAACUUGAAGUUCGAACAACUACCGGAUUAUGAGCUGCUGCGCUUACAAAUACAAGAAACUCGUGCACUAGCUGGCCUACUGGACUCUGCUAUGAUCAAGUGGGAUAUUCCAACUGAGGCUUCGUCAGACUCUCUAUCACAGUCACGUCCCCUCACGUGUGUGGAUACCAUUCCCCUCCGCCCUGGAAAGAUCGUAUGCUGCCAAAUUGACGUUCGCACAACGCUCGAGGGCUACAGUGCUCGAGUGGGUGACCCAUUUUUCUGGCGGGAUCCCGGUCUCUCCCCUGAAAAAUGGGAUACAGCAGUCCGCCCUGCAGUUAUUCUCUGGGUUGGAACAGACAGACGAAGCAAGCUCCCGAGUAUUGUAGUUGUCUGUAUCGGACAAGGAGCUCUCUCUUCCACUGACAUGAACGUUGUGCCCAUCUCAUCAUUACCUGCUGAGGGCAGUUUGACACCAAGUCCCGCUUGGCCCCUCUCCAACUCGUACUGCUACAUAUUUCCUCGGCCGAUGCAAUUCUUGUGCUACCCUGUCUAGGUCCAACCUGUUCCUUCUCCUUGGACAAUCAGCGAAGCCGACGUCAAUUUCCUCCUUCAGAAGCUUAACAAUAACACCUUUGC